AUGAUUGUCAACAGCCUGUCUCUGUGCUACCACAACAAACUAAUCUUAGCUCCUAUGGUUCGGGUGGGGACUCUCCCAAUGCGGCUUCUGGCCCUGGACUAUGGAGCGGACAUUGUGUACUGUGAGGAGCUGAUCGACCUCAAGAUGCUUCAGUGCAAGAGAGUUGUCAAUGAGGCGCUCAGCACAGUGGAUUUUGUUGCUCCUGAUGACCGAGUGGUCUUCCGCACCUGUGAAAGGGAGCAGAGCAAGGUCGUCUUCCAGAUGGGGACUUCAGAUGCAGAGCGAGCCCUUGCUGUGGCCAGGCUUGUAGAAAAUGAUGUGGCUGGUAUUGACGUCAACAUGGGCUGUCCUAAAGAGUAUUCCACCAAGGGAGGAAUGGGAGCUGCCCUGCUGUCAGAUCCUGACAAAAUCGAGAAGAUCCUCAGCACUCUUGUGAAAGGGACACGCAGACCUGUGACCUGCAAGAUUCGCAUCCUGCCAUCGCUGGAAGACACCCUGAGCCUUGUGAAGCGGAUAGAGAGGACUGGCAUCGCCGCCAUCGCAGUUCACGGGAGGAAGCGAGAGGAGCGGCCCCAGCACCCUGUCAGCUGCGAAGCCAUCAAAGCUAUCGCUGAAACCCUCUCCAUUCCCGUCAUAGCCAAUGGAGGAUCUCACGACCACAUCCAAGGGUAUUUGGAUAUAGAAGACUUCCGACGAGCCACGGCAGCCUCUUCAGUGAUGGUGGCCCGGGCGGCCAUGUGGAACCCGUCCAUCUUCCUCAAGGAGGGUCCACGGCCCUUGGAAGAGGUCAUGCAGAAGUACAUCAGAUAUGCUGUGCAGUAUGACAACCACUACACCAAUACCAAGUACUGCUUGUGCCAGAUGUUGCGAGAACAGCUGGAAUCACCCCAGGGAAGGUUACUCCACGCUGCCCAGUCUUCCCAGGAAAUUUGUGAGGCCUUUGGCCUUGGUGCCUUCUAUGAGGAGACCACACGAGAGCUGGAUGCCCGACGGGCCAAACUUCUGGCCAGGAGCCCAGAGGAAGCAGAGGGACCAGCUGAAGACACUUCUGGUAUCAUUAAGAUGGCCAUCAAGUUUGACCGGCGAGCAUAUUCACCCCAGAUCACCCCCAAGAUGUGCCUGCUGGAGUGGUGCCGGAGGGAGAAGCUGGCACAGCCGGUGUAUGAAACGGUCCAGCGCCCCCUGGAUCGCCUCUUCUGUUCUGUUGUCACUGUCGCUGAACAAAAGUACCAGUCUACCUUGUGGGACAAGUCCAAGAAACUGGCGGAACAGGCUGCAGCCAUCGUCUGUCUGCGGAGCCAGGGCCUCCCAGAGGGUCGGCUGGGUGAGGAGAGCCCCUCCUUGCACAAGCGCAAGCGGGAGGCCCUUGACCAAGACCCUGGGGAUCCCAGAACUCAGGAGCCAGCCAUGCCUGGGGAGCUGUGCAAGAAGCCUUUUGUAGCCUUGGCAAGUGGUCAAGAGAGCCCCCUGGAAGGCUGGUAA